AUGGCGACGAGUUUGAAGAAGGGGAGCAGAGUGGAGGUGAUCCAGCGAAACAGUUCACGCUGGAUUCCUCCCUACUCAUGGCACUGCGCCGUUCUCCUCACCGUCAUGAAUUCCCGCCAAUUCAUCGUCAAGUACGAUGACUCCAAGAUGGGGCUGCAGUUCGUGCCGAGGGACUGGAUCCGCCCUCGCCCUCCCCCCUUCGUCGGCCGUUUCCCGUGGAGAGCCGGCGACAUGGUCGAGGUAUUCGAGGACUACGCGUGGUGGCCGGCCAACGUCGUCGACGUAAUAAUUAAUGGUGCUAAUCGGAUCAUUAGCGUUUGGCCCUUGAACUCAAUGAGGGAGAUCCGAGCUCGCCCUUCCAAGAUCCGGCUGAGGAAGCAAUGGACUCAAGAACAGAACUGGUCGAUCAUCGAUGAGUUUACGAAUUACGAGUAUCGAUUGGAGACGGAGGAAGAUUUUCCUUACGGUGUCGGCGGCGGCAAAGCUCCAGCGUGCGACGACAGAGAGUCCUGCAAUACCACCGGCCGGAAAAGGAGGAGAUCAACCGACGAGGAGGAGGAGGAGGAGGAGCUCCGGCAGCGCCUACGACGAAUCACUGUCUCGCUGCCUUCCCCCGCUUCUUCGACGGAUUACGACUCCAGCGAUUCAUCAUCGUCUUCCAUGGAUGAUUCCCCAUUGUCUUCCGUCGAUAGUUCGAAUUUGUUUUUGUAA